UUUGUGAUCCACGAUAUUAUACCUAAUUCAUUAACAAUGAAAUCGAUCAUUCUUGCUCUUGCCCUUGUGGCCAUCGCUGCUGCCGUGCCAGUUGAAAAGGAGCCAAUUAAGAUCGUUCGUUCGGAACUCAACCAAAAUCCAGAUGGUUCAUAUUCUCUUAAUGUAGAAACUGCGGACGGAACCACCCGUUACGAGGUUGGUGAGCUGAAGGAAGUUUUGGACGAAGAUAACAAGCCCCGCUUGGUGCUCGUCGUCAAGGGAUCCUACUCUUACAAAAACGAUGUCGACAAAAUUGAAACUAUUAACUAUAUUGCUGAUGAGACCGGAUUCCACGCGGAAGGUGACUCUAUCCCCAGAGUACCUGCCGUCAGGCGAUAG